UCCGUCUCUCACACACACACACACACUCGCUCUGUUGGUUUGGUUUCCUUCCAAUUUUUGCCCCCUCCUCUGCCCCCAUCAUAACCCUGUCUUUUCCUCGAGCCGAUGACCGUUGCCACCGCCGCCGAUGACGAUGACGACGACGACGAGCGCGAGCAUCCCCGCACCCGUCGCCUGCUCCUCCACGCAUCGCCACUGCCUUCCCUGCACCCAACGCCGAGGAAGCGCCGCCGCAUCCGCCGCUGCCGUCGUCGCCCUCCUCCUCGCCACCUCCGCCUGGCUCUCCCUCGUCUUCUCCUCUCCCUCUAUCCGCCUCCACUGGGCCCACAUCCGGACCUCCGCCUCCCCCUUCCGCCGGGCCUCUCCUCCCCCGCUGCCCGGCCCCUCCACUCGAGUCCCUCCCCCUACUGGCCCUCCCAACCGCCUCCGCCCGCUCUCCCUCCGCCACCUCGUCUUCGGCAUCGGCGGCUCCGCUCACCUCUGGCCGCGCCGCCGCGAGUUCGUCCGACUCUGGUGGCGGCCCGGCGCCAUGCGUGGCCACGUCUGGCUCGACGACCGCGUGCCCCGCCCGCCCCGCAACUCCUCCCUCGCCCGAUCCCUCCCCCCCGUCCGCGUCUCCGAGGACAUCUCUCGGUUCCGAUACACCAACCCCACCGGCCACCCCUCCGGCCUCCGCAUCGCCCGCAUCCUCUCCGAGACCUUCCGACUCGGCCACCGCGGCUCCCGGUGGUUUGUGCUCGUGGACGACGACACCAUCGUCUGCCCUGAUAACCUCGUCGCCGUGCUCGCCAAGUACGAUUGGACCGAGAUGGCGUAUGUCGGGAGCCCAUCGGAAAGUCACUCCGCCAACACCUACUUCAGCCACGCGAUGGCAUUCGGGGGCGGGGGGAUCGCCAUCAGCUAUCCUCUUGCCGUAGCUCUCGCGGGGAUGAUGGACGAGUGCAUCGAGAGGUAUCCAAAGCUGUACGGCAGCGACGACCGGUUGCAUGCAUGCAUCUCCGAGCUCGGUGUCCCUCUGAGUCGCGAGUACGGUUUCCACCAGUGGGAUAUCAGGGGAAAUGCCCAUGGUCUUUUGGCUGCUCACCCUGUUGCUCCUUUCGUAUCAAUUCACCAUGUUGAAGCCGUUGACCCCAUCUACCCUGGCUUGAGCACUCUUGGAAGCCUGAAGCGUUUCACCAAGGCUAUGAAGGCUGAUCCUAUGAGUUUCUUGCAGCGGUCAAUUUGUUACGACAAGAGGAGGAAGCUUACAUUCUCAGUCUCUCUGGGUUACGUUGUCCAAGUGUUCCCAACCAUUGUCCUUCCACGAGAGCUGGAACGUUCUGAACAGACUUAUAUAGCUUGGAAUAAGCUUAACAACAGGAAUGAGUUUGAUUUUGACACAAGGGAUACCUAUAGGUCUGUUUGCAAGAAGCCAGUUCUGUUUUUCUUGAGAAAUGUUGAAAGGGAUGGAAAUACAACGCUGGGUUCAUAUAGACGAGUUAAGGGGAGAGACAAUCUAAAAAAAAAAGUAUUCUGCUUUCCUCGAACACCUCCUCUACCUGACGUGAAUGAAAUCCAAGUCUUUGGUACUCCAUUGAGCGAAAAUUGGCACUUGGUGCCUAGAAGGUUAUGCUGUAAACUAAAUCAAAGACGUUAUGGGACUCUGAAAAUUGCAGUUGGGCAGUGUGAUCAUGGAGCUUCGGGGUCUGCCGCUGGUUCCCUUUGACUAUAAGAGACGAGCCGUGCUGCGCCAUUACGAGCCUGCAAAGCUGGUCCGCCGCUGUUGCUGCUGCUGCUGCAUGUGAAGGCCCGUUUCCGAACUCUGCCAAGGCUUCCGACGAUGAGCCACCCGUGCGGGAUCGCAAGUACCAAAAGGUAAGCUUAAUUGUGAUCCUACCACCUAACAUUUCCACCAAUUCAAUGAGGGCGAGAGAGAGAGCUCGCGUUGACGCCUCGCGUCGUCGCUGUCAUGCUCUCCCGCGCCCGGCCAUGGAGCCAUGCUCUGUGGGGCGUACGAGUCGUUGCCACUGCUCGCUCGGCUCGAGCUCUUCGUCCCUCCCCCCUUCUCCCCAACUGCCCUCUUUAAUUUCCUCGUCAUCAAAGCCCUUUGACCGAGUGAUUGGCUCAGCUACAUGGACGGCGGCCGCGGACGUCGAUAGUAAUGCGAUGUCAGGCGCCGCCGUUCCGUGCCGAUCGUGCCAUUGUCCGUGGACCAAACCCAACCGGGUUCGUUUAGGUACUCGCACUAAGCAGUGUUUUCCGUACAACAGA